UCACUCCGAGUCGGCUGUUAUAUUGAUCAAGUUAAAUUUUCUAAGGACGCACGUUGAUAAGAUCUCGGUAUUUGUCGAUUACACGAGAAAUUUGCCAGCGACGUCAACAUAUCUGUCGAAUGUGAUUCCCGUGGUGUUUGCCGCGCACCAUACGUGGAACGUUAAUUUCUCGUUCAUGACGUCAUUUGUGAAUUACACAAGCGUCACCGUUUAGCCUGUUGUGUUGGAAAUCUCAUCGAAUUCAUGGCAGCGCCGAGCGGACUUUGUUUUUUCUAACAAACAACGGAAACAACGAAUCCCGAAGUGCGUCGUGCCAGCCAGUAGAUACCUCGUCAACUAUCGUCGUCAUCAUUCGGGGGAAUUCUCGUUUCGAUUCAGAGUACAAUUGCAGUGUUUGGAAGUUACUUGAUCGCUUGCUGCAAUGUCGAUGCAACAGUUCUGUCUGCGAUGGAACUAUCAUCAGCCAAAUUUCAUUUCGGUGUUCUCGAAUUUAUUGAACAAUGAGACAUUGGUGGAUGUUACGUUGGCUGCUGAAGGCAAACAACUUCAGGCGCACAAAGUUGUUUUGUCUGCGUGCAGCACAUAUUUCCAGUCAUUAUUUACUGUGAAUCCGUGUCAACAUCCGAUUGUCAUAUUAAAGGAUGUGAAAUUCUCAGAUUUGAAAAUUAUGGUUGACUUUAUGUAUUAUGGCGAAGUAAACAUAUCAGAGGAUCAGCUACCAUCUAUUAUAAAGACUGCAGAAAGUUUAAAAAUAAAAGCACUCGCAGAAAUGAACACUGCUUCAUUAACCAAAUGGCCACGUGGCACCAGUGAGCCUGAAGGAGGAGAUCGUGGGGAAUCUUGUUCGCCAACUCCUUCUCCAUUGUCGCCAUCUUUUCGUAGGAAGAGAUUAAGGAAAUCAUCCACAGGGUCAACAUCUGGAUCUGGUGAAAAACCAGAAGAAAUGAAUGAAAUCACUUUAGUUGCCACUAACAUUGUAAAACCAGAACCAUUGAUAGUUUCGCAAGAAGGUAACGAAAAUCUAAGGAGACCUGUUAAUACCAAUACUGAAUCUCAAGGCAGCAUUGAUGAGGAUCAAAUAUCAAUUAUGAGUAACAUGGAUAAUAGUUCAGCAGCAACACCAGCACAAAAUGAUGGUUCAAUACAAGAUAUGAGUCAACAAUCAGGAGGGAAUGUGACACAAAGUUCAGUUUCUUCACAACCACCUGCACAUCAAGCAGUUUGCAAGGCAGGGCCGAAAAGGUGUCGCCUGUUGCGGCAGCCGCGAGUGAAGAAGGAGUCGAAUCAUUUGUCGCCAGACAGCGAGUCAUCGUCGCCUCACAUUGUCUCGUCCUCCAUUUACAUGACGGCGCCGACGUUGAAUCUGCCGCAGACGUCGUCGAAGAGCUGGGACGAAACGAGAAUCUCGCCGCCGCAGCAAUCGAUCCUGGUGAACCAGCCGAGCCUGUUGACGGUGACCACCUCGACGAACCUGUUGACCGUACCUCAGCCAUCCUAUUUGAUGAAGCAACACUCCCACCCGCUCUUGUCUAGUCAGCAACAGUCCGGCAGUGGCAAUUACUGGAUAUACAGGCAACACUCGAACCCGGAGUUCCCAAGUCGGACCUCCAGCCCGUCGAUCGUCGUGGAACCGGCGCCGGUCGUCAAAACGGAGGAGGAGAUGACGGACGAACCAAGUACCGCUACCACUACUACAGAGACUACCACUGGCUCCACGUCGGGAUUGAGGGUGAAGACUACGGAACUCAGACGGAGUUCCUCGUCUCCGCAAGCGACGAGCAGGGAAUCGCGGGAGAAUUUAGGUGACCUGCGACUCGGUCACUGUCCAGUAUUGCGUCCAGGGCCAGCUCUAAGCUGCAAACACUGCUGGAACACGAUAGACGCCCACGGAAGGACGCUCCGAAGAAAGACGAAGUAUCAUUGUCCCGAGUGUCAGGCCAAUCUGUGCAUUGUCCCUUGUUUUCAAGACUACCACGAGCAACGACGGGAGUUGAAGCUGAAACCUUUACCGAAAACCAGCUCAGUCUAACGCGUUUCACGUCGAUAUAUAUAUAUAUAUAUAUAUAUAUAUUGGCUUUUACGAAUCGCGCACGUCAAUUUUAAGUACGUGUCUUUUAAUCACAAGGAUCAUAAAGGAUGAAUUCUUUGACUUGUGAUUCGCUUAAUUAAGCUUCGUCUUUUCGUCGAGGUUCUACUAUGUCACGAUGUAAGUUGAUGAGCUUUGUUUUGAAGCACUUUGUGGACCUUGAUGAUGGAGAUGUCACUGUAAGGUCAGUUAUUGAGGAUUUAAAGGGACCUGGAGCGAGAAGUCAUUCUUAGUAGAUUUCUGGAUUUUGUCCACUGUUUUAUGCGUCGUCGUUUGCCUUCGUCAGAUGAUAUUUUGAGGAUAAAGAACAAUUGAAAACGAAAGUUCCUAAGGAUAUUAUUAGAACGACAAAGAGGAAGAGAGAGUUGUAAAUUAAUUAGAUGAGAGGGAUUUGUGAUCAGAAGUUCUGAUAAUCAUUUGUGCUAUUAGGUACUAAAAAAAAAAAAGAAAAAAACCUAGAAUGUUAUUUAAAGUUUGUCGAUUUAGUUUCAAUUUGUUUUGAAUGAGAAAGAUAAAUUUAACUUUAGUUGUAACGAAAAUUGAAUUUAUGCUUUUUGUUAUUGGUCUCUCACAAUGAGCAUCUUUAAAGUUUUAUGUGUGAUUUUGGACUGAAUGUGCAUUAGUAGUUUCGCUGUUAAUGUAGAGAAAUUUUUAUUUCUAGAGAUAGGCAUUUGAAGGAAUAAUUUCCAUUUUUUUUUUUAAUUUUUAUUAAUUUUUUGAUUGAAGAAACUAUUUUUCCUAAACAAUUGGACACACAGACAGAUACAACGGAAGUUUUCAUUAGGGAGAAAGAAUUUUUGUGACUUGCUGCAUAUUAAGAACAGAGAAAAGGCAGAUUCUAUCCGAGUGAUAGAAAUAGUACUUAUUCUACAUGCACUUAAUUAAACCCAAUUAACAUGAAUCAAAAUGAGGCUUGACCAAAUCAACAGCUGAGGAACCCAUCGAGUCCAAUCAAUUUCAACUUGAACAUAUUCGAAUUCAACAUUUUUAAGAAUGGGACUAAAACUGAAGUUUAACUCGUUGAAUAUUAAGCCAAACAGCCUGAACUUUAAUCUGGAGAGUGUCCACAAACACGAGGUCUGGAGGUCUGUCAACUUCAAUCUACGUGAUUUAUUUAGUUCAACAUUGGCCCAAAUUAUUUGAGAUUUGUCUAAUUAAUUAAAGUCUAACUUUCUUAUCUAGCAAAUCAGAAUUUAUCAUUUUGUGAUCAAAGUAUAUUUUUAUGAAUGAUUUUCUUUUCCAAUGAUAUAUCUAAAGAUUUAUCAAUCUCAACUCAAAUGAUUCAAAUCAAAGUUAACCGAAAUUAUUUAAGAUUCACCCCAGUUAUUUCAAGUCUAACUAGCUACAAAGUUCAUGACCAUUCGAAAAGAAUUUAGUUAUUACCACCUAAUGAUAUACGGAGCUUUCUUAAUUAAAAGCUGUAUUGAUCGUCUCACAAAACACGCGUCUAAGAAUUUCCUAAGAGAGUAAAUAGAGUUGUUUUUGAAGGGAAUGUGAGGCGUGAAACAGCAGGUGACCCGCCUUUGACAACGUCGAGCGUCGCAAAUGAUUAACACGAAGGGACGAUGAUCUUUACGUCCGAGAAUUGAAACGAAGCCAUGGUAUAAUCUGUCUAGAGGAAUAUCCUACUCUUUCUCCAAGAAUAUCCAGGUAUUUGCCUAUCCUUUUCCUUCUGCCUUUCCAUUCUACGUCGUACUUUUUUAUUCCACCAAAAAAUUACUCCCUCCUGUGUCUUGUGAAAACAAGAUAAAUUAUAAAUUAUACCUUAAACUAUAAUUGUAAAUUCUAUCGUGUAUGUAAUAUUAAUCUACGAUAGGACGCGAGUUGUUUGGUAUCUAAUUGUACAUUAAUUGUCGAUAUUUCGCCAGCUUGAAAGAAAUGCGAGGCUGCUCUCUUACAGGCUGUUUCAUAUAAAUAGGACGAAUUGUAUAAUUUUUAAACAGUCAGAGAUGAUAAAUUGCAAUUUAUCUGACGUUCUAAUUGUUUGAAACACUCUGUGGUUUUGCUGUAGUCUGUCUAACAACAUGAUCAAUUGAUUGCUCGAUGUCAUUUUUAUCAUAUCUUUUAACUGAACGUUAAUUAAUUAAUUUUAAAACACACGUACAAAAAUAUAAAUACGGUGGCGUGUCAGUCAGAUAAAUCUGUUUAAAAAUUAUUUAUUUAAAUAAUUAUUUCGAUAGAGUUCAAAAUUAAGCAUUAGAAAUUAAAAAUAGCUUUUGUCCUCUUUCUCAAAAAAAAAUUUUUUUUUUAUAAUAAGUGACAAAUAAAUACAAAUUUUUAAUGGAGCUAAACGACGUUGGCAUUUAGAAAUUAUACAGGCAGGCUACGGCUCGUUUCUAUAAAACUAAUUAAUUUAUUCAUGCUCUUGUAAAUAACUCGAUGGUUUAACUGUACAUACAUCUGUCGACUUCCGGUUCUACGGGAACUUUGUAUACAUUGAUACUCGCGAAACAGUCGGAUCUGAUCUGAUUUUGAUAUUAAAGAAAUUCUGUGUACUGACUAGCUGUAUCGCAGAUCUCGAACGAACCUCCGUUUUCACGCGUAUUUUCUGCAUUUAUUCAAGAACAAUGAACAGGAUAUUAACAGAAGACGAGGACAGAAAAUGCAACGGUAGCACUUUAUGUUCCUCGAGAUAAAAAAAUGAAAGGGAAAAAAGGAAAAGUAACAAAGAGAGUAUAUAGUUUUCUAUGAACGAAGAAGAGAUGGAAGUGUCGUAACUUUGAUUCUUUGAACCUUUGCUAAAAGUGAAAUAUUUUCCAGCUGUUUGCAAACGUUUUGUUACAUAGAGACAUAUAUGUAUAUACUUGCAUAUAUUUGUUACAAAAAUGAAAGACAUGACUCGUUUCGUCCUGCAAGAAACAUGUUUGAAACAAGAAUGUAUACGUGCGUAUGCGUAUUUAAUUAUGAAAAACGAAUGUCUUCGAUUCGACGUGUGAUAACCGGGAAGAAGGUGAUUCUACGUGAAAAUAUGAUCCUUCGUGUCCGAAAAUCUGUCAGGUGCAUAUAAAUCAGGGUAUUUCUAAAUUAGACUUCGCGAAAUUACGUAUGACUAUACAUAUAUGCGCAAGUAAUCGAUAGAAGAUUCUACUUGCGAGAAUAAAUGAAAAAUGUAGUAAUAAAAUUUUUUGUAAGAUACUUCAUUCACUGUUGUAUUUUGGUAUGCGCGUACCAAGACAAGUUUCAACGAAAUUUUAAGUAUAAUAAACUUUAUUCUACAUUUUUCGUUUAUUCUUGCACAUAGAUUAUUCAUUCCGCCGUUCCAUCAAGUCUAAUAAAUAUAACUGAAACAGAACUCGAGAUGAAAAACAUUACUGUUUCUUUCUGGUUUAUUUUUCCACGUAGAAUCGCCCCGUUUUCGAUGCUACCACGAAAAUUGAGAUACUCUGUAUACCAGCAGAAAUAUAUUGAAGAAAUAUUUGUCUCUUCUGUUUACGGAAGAAUUUUCUUUUUUUCUUCAUUGGACAUCUCUGUCUAUUGUCGAGAUAGAACAAAAGAGCUUGGUACAACAGAAAAUGUAUUUUUCACUGUAUUUAAGGAUGCGUUUACGAUAUUCUACAUUCUACAGUCACAAAGAUGUCUCGCGCACUGUACAAGAAUAAGAUAUAUAAGACGUCAAAGGAUGUAGCAUACGUGCAAUAUAUUUUUUCUCAGCAUCACGAGUAUAUUAUGCGCAGUUGUAUCGAUUAAGUAUAUUUUAUGUAAAAUCUAGCGACGUAAGUUCGUAAGUUAAAAUAAAAAGAAUGUGAUCCAACA